UAACAAGGAAAUAAAUAAUAUUGAAAAUACAUUUGCUUUUUUCAAUGGUGAAAGUUUAGAUAUAAAGUUGCUACUUUUAAGUUAGAUUCUUAAAUUGUGACACUAUAGUAAUAGCAGUCUGCUAUAAUAAUGUCACCCGGAAUAAUCAUUUUAGUCACACAUCUUUUUUUGUUAAAAUAUGGACUUAAUGCCGAUCUUAGAAUGAAGCAUACACACCCUUUGUCAGCGCCAUUGACGAAUUUUCUGCCUUACAAAGGAUGGUUCUAUGUAGGAGGUGCUAAUAAAAUAUACGCAUUGAACGAAAAUUUGGACAUAAUCCAGACGGCAAGUACUUGUGGAGUCUCGUCAGGUGUUUGCAGUGAACACAGAAAUAUUAAUAAAAUACUACUAGCGCAUCAAAGUGAAGAGGGAGACGUGUUGAUUCUGUGCGGUACGGAAAACUUUGGAAUAUGUGAAAUAAGAAACCUUUCUGAUAUAGAAAUUGUUAUCAGGAAAAGAUCAAACUUUGUUAAAGCCCAUUACUAUUUACAAGUAUCUUCAAAUGAGUACAGACCUGCCGUUGGAAUGGUUACUCAGAACGGACAACUUAAUAUUGCUGUGACAUUUGGAGAAGGUAUUCAAAGCUUUGAACAAAAUGACGCAGGCAUUAAGACAUAUAGAUACGCUAUAAGCACAAGAAACGUAUACAGUUUUAAUCCAGUUAGUAGUGGGUAUGAUAUUAAAAUACUUAAUUUCCAAAUCCAGAACGCUUCAUUAGAAGAUUAUAUAGUUUAUUACAAAACAUGUUUUCAACACAACUGGAUUAGCUAUUUUAUCACUAAUCAGAAGACUGAGGUGGGAUCAAGCAACUAUGUAUCAAAACUGGUGAGAAUAUGUCAAAAUGAUACCAACUACAAUUCUUAUGCAGAUAUUGUUCUGGUGUGUAAAAAGAAUGGCAUAACCUUUAAUUUAAUUCAAGACGCUAUUCUCUUUGACUCUGGACCCUACACUAACAAUUCAGAUAAACUUUUUAUUGGAGCGUUUACACGUGGCAAUGAUCCCGAGCAUCCUUCUGGGGACAGUGUGAUAUGCGUUACUGAACUAAACAUACUGGAGGACGCCAUUUUGGAAGCACGGCGAGAAUAUGCAACGUCCUCUUGUAAACGUUCCGAAGAUAAAAACAAGCGAUAUCUUCCAUACAGACCAACUGUAAAUUGUAUUACAGAUAAAAAUGUAAGAGAGUAAAUCAGACGUUGUAAUCGAAAGUUUUUAUAUAUAAAUUUUAACUUCUUAGAU